UUGUGCAGGCUUCUUGCUAGACUUUUGGCUGUAGCUCUCCGCGUCCGACAGGGUCUCUCCAGAGCGAGGAGGAGGGCUGAGGUGGAUUUUUUUACCAGCUGAGCUGCCAGGGAGGCCUAUAAUGUACAGCCCAGAAUGUAAUGUCUAGCAGUACACACAGGAAAAUCUUCCUUCCUACUCCCUCACUGCCUCUCAGUUAUGUGAUGUCCCGAUCUAUGGGUCCACUGGCAAAGAAGAUCUUUAAAGGAGUGUUAGUAGCUGAACUUAUGGGCGUUUUUGGAGCAUAUUUUUUGUUUAAUAAGAUGAACACAAGCCAAGAUUUCAGGCAUACAAUGAGCAAAAAAUUCCCCUUCAUCUUAGAAGUUUAUUACAAAUCCAUUGAACACUCUGGAAUGUAUGGAAUCAGAGAGCAAGAUCAAGAAAAAUGGCUGAGCAAUAAAAAUUAGGAAUUUGACCAUCAAUCAAAGUUUGAUUUCAAAGUAUUUCAAAGUAUCAGGCAAGAUUAAAAUUCUGAAAUUGACAAGGAUGUAUUUUCAAUAUUUAAGGUUAACUGUAAAUUCUAAGUCAGACAUUUUGUUCUUGGAGUAACUGUGAAGAAGUGAUGGAGGGUUUGUUUAUUGUGUUAUAACUAGUUUUGUUUAUUACUUGAAAUAAAGUGGUUCUUAAAAAAACCUCCCCUAUAAUUCUAAAUAUAUAAACCUUUCAAAACAGAAUAAUAUGUUACAUUUUUCAU